AAAAUCCUCCAAUUUUACCAAAAACUGAAAUUAAAAAUAAAAGAUAAAAUAUCCAAAUUCGACCGACCCGAGGAUUUCCUCGAAUACGCGGAUAGCGAAUAUUUGUCACCUUUAUUCGAUAAAUUAAUACGGGACGCAAAUACCAAUAUUUUUAACCCAUAUAUUAUAAAAAUAAUAGUGGAUGGUAAUAACCCCGUUAUAUAA